AAACAAACGGCUGGCCAGCAAGCACGAAGACGAUUCGUAAUCAUUCGAAGAAAAUUGAACUGAGUCUUCUACUCCUUUUGUUAUCUUCCGAUAGAUCAUCAAGUUGCAGGUACAGCUAAAUCAUGUCACGCUUCAGUGGCGCACUUCAACUCACAGAUUUGGAUGAUUUCAUUACACCGUCGCAGGAAUGCAUAAAACCAGUCGAAAUAAAAGCAAACAAAACAAAGACGGGAUCGAAAAUCACAAUUCAAGAUGAUGGAUCAUAUAUGCAGGCGACGAGCAGUGGAUUCCAGAAACUAGAAAAGGUUGAAAUAACCUUAGCAGAUUGUCUGGCAUGUUCUGGCUGUAUUACUUCAGCGGAAGGGGUGCUCGUGACGCAGCAAAGUCAGGAAGAGUUGCUGAAAGUAAUGAACGAAAAUAAUUUGGCGAAAUUAGAGAAUCGCCUGGAAGACGUCAAGUUUAUUGUCUUUACCAUUGCGCAACAACCCGUACUAUCGCUAGCUAAGCGAUAUAAUCUUCCACCUGAGGAAACGCUGAUGCACAUUGCAGGGUACUUCAGAAAGCUUGGUGCAGAUAUGAUCGUGGAUACCAAAAUAGCGGAUGAUUUGGCACUGAUAGAAAGCCGGAAUGAGUUCCUGGAGAGAUACAAUACCAACAGACAGACCUUACCGAUGCUUGCAUCAGCGUGUCCAGGCUGGGUUUGCUAUGCGGAGAAAACGCAUGGUAAUUUAAUCCUACCCUACAUAGCAAGCACGAGAUCGCCACAACAAAUUAUGGGCGUUCUCAUUAAAAAGUAUCUUGCCCGUAUGUUAGGUAUAAAUGGUAACCGCAUCUACCAUGUGACUGUCAUGCCAUGUUAUGACAAAAAACUAGAAGCAUCGCGGGAGGAUUUCUUCUCAGAAGUUGAUAAUAGUCGUGAUGUCGAUUGUGUAAUUACGUCGAUUGAAAUAGAACAAAUGUUGGGAAAUUCUGGUGUUCAGGCGUUACAAAUUAUCGAAAAGGAAGAUGUAGAUUGGCCUUGGCCUACAGCUCGACCUCCCGUUUUUGUGUGGGCUCACGAGAGUUCUGGGUCUGGUGGGUACAGUGAAUACAUCUUCAAGUAUGCUGCACGAAAACUAUUCAACAUCAAUAUCGACCAAGUGGAAUUUAAAAACCUGCGCAACAGUGAUCUGCGUGAGGCAGUUCUAGAGCAAAACGGGGAAGUAUUACUAAGAUUUGCAAUUGCGAAUGGGUUUCGGAAUAUUCAAAAUAUGGUACAAAAGAUGAAGCGCGGUAAAUGCAACUAUCAUUAUAUUGAAAUUAUGGCCUGUCCGUCGGGAUGUCUGAAUGGGGGUGCUCAAAUUCGCCCUUUUCAUGGAGAAACGCAGCGUGAGUUAACGGCUGAUCUGGAGAAGAUGUACAGAAUGCUUCCGCAGUCGAGUCCAGAAACCGAAACGGUUGAAAUGGUCUAUACCACCUUUCUGGACAACUCGGGUGACAAUAACAAAAGGAAGGAGUUUCUUCACACUAGCUAUCAUCAUAUAGAGAAGCUAAACACGGCGCUAAACAUAAAAUGGUGAAUGUGAAUGAUUGAGGUAUCAUCAGGAGGAGGUAUUAUUUAAUCUGCAUAAACGUUAAGUUUGAGAAGAAGUGUUAUCGACAAUUUUUGACAGAAUAUUCGAAGAUUCCAUUUGGCUUCAAAUUUCAAAGGUGAUCAAAAAAACUGAUACUGAUAGUACGGUUAUGGCGUUAAAGUUGAAUAAAAUCAAUAUGCUUAAAGCUUA